CCGCCGCCGCCAUCUUUGUUAGGGGCACCGGGCCUGGCCUGGAGAUGCCGAAGUCGUGCGCGGCCCGGCAGUGCUGCAACCGCUACAACAGCCGCAGGAAGCAGCUCACCUUCCACCGGUUCCCAUUCAGCCGCCCGGAGCUGCUGAAGGAAUGGGUGCUGAACAUUGGCCGGGGCAACUUCAAGCCCAAGCAGCACACGGUCAUCUGCUCUGAACACUUCAAGCCUGAGUGCUUCAGUGCCUUUGGGAACCGCAAGAACCUGAAGCACAACGCCGUACCCACGGUGUUUGCCUUUCAGGACCCCACGCAGCUGGUGAGGGAGAACACAGACCCUGCUGGCGAGAGAGGAAAUGCCAACUCGCAGAAAGAAAAGGUCCUCCCUGAGGCAGGGGCUGAGGAGCACAGCCUAGGGAGAAACAUGGACACCGCACUUGAAGAGCUUCAGCUGCCCCCUAAUACCGAAGGCCCCACAAAGCAGGUGUUGCCGCACAGACCGGAAACAGCAGAGGCUCCGGGGCGGCCGGGCAGCCUCACAGGGCUGAGAAGGCCGCCCCCCAGGCAGCCGUCUGACCACAGCUACGCCCUUUUAGACUUAGAUGCCCUGAAAAAAAAACUCUUCCUCACUCUGAAGGAAAACGACAAGCUCCGGAGGCGCCUGAAGGCCCAGAGGAUGGCGAUGCGGAGGAUGUCCAGCCGCCUCCGCGCCCACAGAGCGGGGCAGCGGGGACCCCAGGCCAGGCCUCGGCCAGAGCAGCGGAGCUGAGCCCGACAGGUUCUGGGUCGUGGGGGCAGCAGUAGCCCCGGGGCCAGGCGUUGGGUUUGGGGCUCUGGCUGUGGGUAUUUCUGUCUGCUGCCGACAUGGAGAGCCCUGGCAGCGAGCUUGCUGGACACGGGAUUGAGACAGUAGCCAAGCUAGCUGGUGAAGAGCCCGAACACUGCUGUGACGUUGAGAGGCCUGAGGCAGGGAUCCCUGGGCGUGACGAGCUUAGUCCUCCUGUGGUAAGAGAAGGGCAGUCUGAGGCCGGCUUCUGGACUGCCGUCCCUCCGGCACACGCAGUCAGCGCUGCGCGUCCCUGAGGGAGCGGUGGCUGACUCUGCGGCAGGGCGAGUGGGUCCCCUCCGUCAGCCCGGACAGCUGGCUCAAGACUGGCUCAAGACGGCAAGAGCGGCCUCUGUUCUAAGGAGCAGCUCCUCUCCUGGCCUGAGUGAGCAACAGACAUAAUAAAGUGUCUUUCUGUACUGUG